UACGCCCGACGUCAGCAAGCUGCUUACGGUUUCCGCAUGACGUCAUCACGCAUCGUUUCCAAACAAUGCUCAGGAAAAAGCCACGUUGACGUUCCACAUUCAAGUGUAGUCCCCAAUUUGAGGCAGAAUAAAGCAGGAAUUUGUUUGUCAGACGCUCUGGUGCCUUCUCGCUGCAGAGUGCCGUUACAGCAGACAUGUCUUCACCGCCGAAGGAGAGAGUCGAAACCAAAGGAGGACAUCUCCCUGCAGUAAAGGCCGGAGGUAUGAGGAUAGUGCAGAAGCACGUGCAGGCUCCUGCCGCUGCAGCUCCAGAACCACUGCUGAAAGAUGAUGACGAGGAGGAGUACGUUAGCAGCAGUCCACCAAAGGCCCCAGUGAUUGUGUCUGGAGUGGUGACAAAGGGUGAUAAGGACUUCACCCCUGCAGCCGCCCAGGUGGCUCAUCAGAAGCCCCAGCCUUGUGUCUCCAAGCUGCCCGCUUCCCAGCACAUCAACCAGCACAUCCACCAGCCCCGCAAGUGAACUAGGCAGCGAGCUACAUCGGCUACGCCAACUCCACCAGCCGGCCUUUCCCAAUGGAACACAUAGGAUGAAGAUGUUUCCCCAACAGGCACAGAUCUCCUCUAAAUAUUCGGAGUAGUUUUUGUUAGCCUGUUGCAUUUCAUGUAGGAUGAAUUAAUCAGCAACAGACGCCAAUGCCAAUACAGCCAUUGCAGAAGUCCUCCUCAUUACACCCCUACUGCAUUGUUGUUGCACUAUUCGUCCUGCACUUUUGUGUCCUCUCCUUAAGAGGGAUUGUUUCAACAGUCGUAUAGUCUUAAAUGGGUGGAGGGUCUUGUAAAAUGGCUAUUGUUCUAGGAUUACCCUUUUAAUUGAGAAAUCUGAGUCUGUGGGGGGAACUCUCACCCCAGCGAUGUGCCGACCAUCACCGCAUAACAGCAACUUGCCAAUAACGGCAACAUAUCAAUCAGGCCAACUAACCAACCAAUCAACUCAGUGAUGAGCCUAAGCUCCAGCCUUCUACCUAUGAUCUUCACAGACCAAAAGAACCAAUCAACAACUCACGAGGUGGACACCAGUUUUACAUUAUCAACACAAACCAAAAAGAACACGGAGAGCAGCUACUAAAUUGCAAAACUCAGCUCGAUGCGUGUGUAUCACUGAGACUGUUGCCAAACUGCACGGGUACAGCAUGGACCAGAGAGUUAAAGUAGCUAAUUACAUGACUGCAUUAUUAGCCCAAACGCUGAGGUUACCGGCGGCAACUUUGACAAGCAUUACAUUUGGCCAUUUCAAAAUUUAUAGAUGCCUAAUUAGGAGAACCAAUGAAAUGCAAAACAAGACCCACUUUUCUGUAAUGAUGGCUGUCAUUACCCAGGUAGCUACUUGAUGCAUGUUGUUAGUGUCAUGACUCCAGAUAGCUUUAGCAGAAGCUAAUACAGCUUUUGUUGCAGUUUCCUGCUGUGUCACUGUUCCUACCUUCAUUUAACAGAGCGGAGUCGUCCUAAAUUUCUGAUCUACUCUCCAUUUUGACUGCUUUGUUGGAGCUGUAAUGUCAAUCAUUCCCUGGCAAUGUUAAUUUUAAUGCAAACUCAACCUGCUUCAUAGUUAAAGUCUCCCAUCAGUGCCUCCUUGCUUAGACUCGCAUGGAUUUACAUUCUAUUUGCUAUGCACCAGAGUCAACUGGAAUGAAAAUAUAGUCUGAAAUGAAAAGCUACUGUGAAGCAGCUGCAGUAUGCGUUGUGUUUGCAUUAACAUUAGUCGGAACAUCACAUGGUUGAACAAAGUGUUGCAGAGAAGUAGUUCAGAAAAUAGUGAGGCUCCUAACUGCAAGAUGAAGGUAGUAAUCGGCGAUGCAAAAACGUUCCAUAGAAAAGUGUUUGAACAAAUAUGUUUAACUCUGUGACAGUUAGUCAGUGUACAAGGAAAAUGCAAUACAUUUAUUUCUACUUGCCAGGAUAUCUGCAAUUAUGGCUCGUUGCAUAUCAGAAAUCCGUAUCAGCCCCCAAAGUCAUGAGCAGCACUUUCCUAGAAAUUAACACACAUCAACACAUACACACACACACACACACACACACACACA